AUGCUCGACGCCCUCUCACCCGACGAGGUCGUGGCCUCGGUCAGUCGUACCGGUGCUCUGAAAGGUCACAGUCGGUUGGAUAAGGUGUUCUUCAGCUCUGUCUUUGCGGGAAGUUUGCUGGCCUUUGCCUGUGGAACGUUGCUGAGCACCAACGCCGCCGCAUGGUACCAAGAUAAUGCUGGAGGAUUGAUUCGUACCCUCAGCUCGCUGGUUUUCCCGUAUGGAUUGGCGAUGAUUAUCCUCUGUGGUGCCGACCUGUGCACGAGUUCGUUCCUGUUCACCACCGUUGCCGCUCUGAACCGCAAGUUGUCCUGGUGGCGGAUGCUGGUGCACUGGUUUGUGACAUUCUGGGGAAACUUGGCUGGUUCUCUGUUUGUCAUGGCGCUUAUAUUUGGCUACGGAGAGGUUUUCUCGGCCGAUCCCUACAAGUCCGAAGUCAUCUCGUACGCCAACAAGAAACAAGUUACCCCCGAAUUCCACAUGAUCUUCCUGCGCGGUAUCGGCUGCAACUGGCUCGUCAGUAUGGGCUGCUACUUUGCUCUGCAGGGCCGUGAUCUCUCCUCGAAGCUGAUGGGCAUCUGGUGGCCUAUCUUCGGUUUCGUCUCGCUCGGAUUCGAUCACGUUGUCGCCAACAUGACUCUUAUUCCGAUGGCCAUAUUCCUCGGUGCACCGGAGAUUAGCGUCGGGCUGUACAUCUGGAAGGGUAUCAUCCCGACCUUGAUUGGAAACAUUGUCGGGGGUGCUCUGUUCUGCAGCGUCUACUUCUGGUACAUGCACCUUAUGGAGGUUGAGACCCUUCCGUUCGUUAAGCAGAAGCAGGACGAGAGCCAGUCUGAGAACGGCCAAGGAGGUCCGCACAAGGACGACAUCGAGGCCAGGGCUGGUAUGAUCUCUGCUACCGCUUAA